AUGGCCCACAACCGGCUGUCGGUUUGUCCCUUCAUUGCCCGCCGUCGCUCACUGCUGGCCGUCGCUCACUGCCCGCCGUCGCUCACUGCUGGCCGUCGCUCACUGCCGGCCGUCGCUCACUGCCGGCCGUCGCUCACUGCCGGCCGUCGCUCACUGCCGGCCGUCGCUCACUGCUGGCCGAAGCUCACUGGCGGCCGCCCCGCGCGUCUAACUCGCGCAGCCGCGCCGCUCCAGAAGGAGGCAGAGACGAGCGAGAGCAGCACGGCCCGGCGCGGCGCGGAAGGGGACGACGAGGAAGGGGAUGAGGCGCUGAUUCCCCUCAUUCCCCUCCUUUCCCCCCUUGCUUCCCCUCCUUUCCCCCCUUGCUUCCCCUUCUUUCUCCCCCUGCUUCCCCUCCUUUUCCCCCUUGCUUCCCCUCUUUUUCCCCCUUGCUUCCCCUCUUUUUCCCCCCUGAUUCCCCUCCUUUCCCCCCUUGCUUCCCCUCCUUUCCGCCCUUGCUUCUCCUCAUUUCCCUCCCUGCUUCUCCUCAUUUCCCUCCCUGCUUCUCCUCAUUUCCCCCCUUGCUUCCCCUCAUUUUCAUCCCUGCUUCUCCUCAUUUCCCCCUUGCUUCACCUCAUUUCCCUCCCUGCUUCCCCUCAUUUCCCUCCCUGCUUCACCUCGUUUCCCUCCCUGCUUCUUCUCAUUUCCCCCCUUGCUUCCCCUCAUUUUCAUCCCUGCUUCUCCUCAUUUCGCCCCUGCUUCCACUCAUCCCUGCUUCCCCUCAUCCCUGCUUCCACUCAUCCCUGCUUCCACUCAUCCCUGCUUCCCCUCAUCCCUGCUUCCACUCAUCCCUGCUUCCCCUCAUCCCUGCUUCCACUCAUCCCUGCUUCCCCUCAUCCCUGCUUCCCCUCAUCCCUGCUUGCACUCAUCCCUGCUUCCACUCAUCCCUGCUUCCCCUUAUCCCUGCUUCCACUCAUCCCUGCUUCCCCUCAUCCCUGCUUCCCCUCAUCCCUGCUUCCACUCAUCCCUGCUUCCGCUCAUCCCUGCUUCCCCUCAUCCCUGCUUCCACUCAUCCCUGCUUCCCCUCAUCCCUGCUUCCACUCAUCCCUGCUUCCCCCCAUCCCUGCUUCCCCUCAUCCCUGCUUCCACUCAUCCCUGCUUCCACUCAUCCCUGCUUCCACUCAUCCCUGCUUCCCCUCAUCCCUGCUUCCACUCAUCCCUGCUUCCACUCAUCCCUGCUUCCCCUCAUCCCUACUUCUCCUCAUUUCCCUCCCCGCUUUCCCUGUUUGUACCUGCUUCUCCUCAUUUCCCCCCUGCUUCCACUCAUAUCCACCCCUGCUUCCCCUCCUUUCCCCCCUUGCUCCUAACCUCCCUCUUCUUACGGUACUUCCUUCUUUCCCUCUCACCCGUGCUUUCCUCUUCCCCCUCUUCCCUAUCUCCCCUAUCUCCCCUGUUCGCCUUUUUUAUGGUUCCCCCUCCCCAUCCCUCGUAUUCCCUCCCUCUCCCUGGCUAUUGCAGUGA